CCCUCGGAGGGCCCUCCCCAACGAGCGCUUCUUCCGGGUGGGGCCCGGGGGCGAGGUUAUGGCGCCCUGGGCACUCCUCAGCCCUGGGGUCCUGGUGCGGACCGGGCACACCGUGCUGACCUGGGGGAUCACGCUGGUGCUCUUCCUGCAUGAUACUGCACUGCGGCAGUGGGAAGAGCAGGGGGACCUGCUCCUGCCUCUCGCCUUCCUGCUCCUGGUGCUGGGCUCCCUGCUGCUGUACCUGGCUGUGUCACUCAUGGACCCGGGUUACGUGAACAUCCAGCCCCAGGCCCAGGAAGAGGCCAAGGAGGAGCAGACAGCCAUGGUUCCUCAGGUCAUCCCCCUUCGGCGCUGCAGAUACUGCCUGCUGCUGCAGCCCCUGCGGGCCCGGCACUGCCGUGAGUGCCGUCGCUGUGUGCGCCGCUACGACCACCACUGCCCCUGGAUGGAGAACUGCGUGGGGGAGCGCAACCACCCACUCUUCGUGGCCUACCUGGCAGUGCAGCUGGUGGUGCUUCUCUGGGGCCUGUACCUGGCCUGGUGGGUUCUGCCGCAGUCCAGCGGGGGGCGGGGGCAGGCAGCGUGCUCCCACAGGUGUGUCGAGAGCCAAGCUUCCCUCUCCCAAAUGGCCUGCCCACCUGGGCUCCCUGGGGCACCCCUACCCACCCCCAGCUCUGGGUUCCCAUCCCUAUUCUGCCCUGCAGGUCUGGCCUCCGGUUCUUCCAGCCCUGGGGGCUAUGGCUGCGGUCCAGCGGGCUCCUGUUUGCCACCUUCUUGCUGCUGUCCAUCCUCUCUUUGGUGGCUGGCCUGCUCCUGGCCUCGCACCUCUACCUGGUGGCCAGCAACACUACCACCUGGGAGUUCCUCUCCUCGCACCGCAUUGCCUACCUCCGCCAGCGCCCCGGCAACCCCUUCGACCGUGGCCUGAUUCGCAACCUGGCCCACUUCUUCUGUGGGUGGCCCUCGGGGUCCUGGGAGACUCUCUGGGCUGAGGAAGAAGAGGAAGAGGGCCGCAGCCAAGCUGUCUAGAGUUACAGGAGGCAGGGCCACCAUCUAGUGCCUGAAAGCCGGAAGGCACACGCAGCAGGGGCGGGCCUCCAGCGGGCUGGGGGCUUCCCCGGCUGCCCGCUGCUCCCAGGCCUCGGAGCACAGCUGAACACAGAACCCCUGCCUCGGGGCAGGUCUGCCCUCUCCACUGGAGGAAGGGGGUGAAGAGGACCUGUGGGGGCUCAGGCACGAACAGCCUGGGCUUCUGAUUACCUCCACCCCAUCCCCCAAGCCAGUAAGCCUCCAGUACACAGUUUUAUAUAUUUAAUGAUCCUUAAAGCAAGUCAAGUAUUAAAAACAAACAAACCAAA